AUGCUGUACCAGGGCGACGACUCUUCGCCGGCCUCGUUCGAGAAAUCUCUUUCCACGCUUUCCAAGAAGAUCGGGGCGACGCAACUGCAACUAGACAAGCAGCGCUCCAGCUCCCGACGGGUCAAGUUUCUAGGUACCCUGUAUCUGAGUAUCGCCUACCUCAUCUACGCGAUCGUCUUGCUACUGGUGGUUGGCCAGAAGAAUCUGGGUCCUUGGGACUGGACUGGGUUGGCUGGUGGCCCCGUGGUCCUAUAUGUCUACCGAACAUUGAGCGAUGCCUACUUCACUUUCCGCGUCGACAAGCUUGAGGAGAAACUCAAGUAUCAGCAAACUGAACGAGCCAAAAUCAUUCAGAAGCUGAAGGAUGCCACCAAAUAUGACACUACGCUCGAGCUAUUGGAGAAGUAUGGCGGCGAGAAGCCCAAGCCCAAACGCACCAAGUCGCAACAACUCGGCGAUGGUGACGAGCCUGGACAGAAGGGACAGCAAAAGAACAAAAUGGGAGGGCCGCAGGGCAUGAGUCCAGGCGGUAGACUAAACAUCCCUCCCCCACCCACGGCCAACAUUCAACGACCACCGUCCGCUGCUGGCCCGCCGCAAACUCAACAGCUUCAAGGUCCAUAUCCUCCGCCGUCGCGCCCGCAAUCUUCUUCGAACGGCCCUCACGACUUCUCUGCCAGCUUUGCUCCCAACGCUGAAGAAAUGCCUCCGUCUUACCACCAAUACGACUUCAACACUGGCCCGCCAACGUGGUAUGAUCGCGUACUCGACCUGAUGAUGGGUGAAGAUGAGACAGCCCCCAAGAACCGCAUUGUGCUUAUCUGCCAAAGAUGUCGCCUUGUGAAUGGCCAGGCUCCUCCAGGCACCAAGAGCUUAGCCGACGUGGGCCAGUGGAAGUGCAUGGGCUGCGGCACUAUGAAUGGCGAGAUGGAUGAGGGAAAGAAGAUUAUUCAAGACGUGCUUGGUCAAAGUCAGGGAGAUCACGUGGAUGAGCAGAGCAGUGCAGCCAGCGAAAUCGAUGUCGAGUCAGACACGGCCGAAUCAAAUGAAAGGGAUGCUGCCAAGGAGGUCAAGGCAGUUCGGAGGUCUGGCAGAAAUAAGUCGCAAAUGGUUCCGUAA